CCUGCAAAAGCCUUAAAAAAAAAAAAUGUCUAAAGAAGCAGCUGAUAAUUUGCAGACGAUCCCUCGCUAGACCGGGUUGGCUUGCCUGCUGAUGGAUGGCGUGAAAGAGCGUAGAUUCUCAGCUGCCCUUCUUCAGAGGCCUUAAGGCACAGCUGCUGCUUCGUAGCAAGAAUUGAGCCUCGAAGGCCGAUUCGGAGAACUUUGCUGAGACCUACCGAGAGCCAUUCAAGCAAUUCCCACCCACCCCAAUUCCUCCCAAUAACGUUACUGUCUGUAUUUUGGAAUCAUCUGGCUGUUGUCCUCAGGUAAUCUAUGGAGUGAGCCUCCCCAGGAGAUCACCGGCUUCAUAAACGGCCAGCAUGUUCAGAGACAAGCCUGCUUCAGGAGAUGGGAGACACAUCUCCCUGAAUGUCCUCACACUUCUGGAUGCCCUGACCAACAGCACAGACCAAUGCUUCAGUGCCCACUCCCACAGCACAGUCCUGCAAGGGCUGCCAUUUGGUGGUGUGCCCACAGUGCUUGCCCUCAACUUCAUCCUCUGGUUGUUCCUUCUGCUAGUCUUCUCCUGCCUUCGGAAAGCAGCAUGGGAUUAUGGACGCCUGGCCUUGCUGAUGGAUAAUGACAGCCUGACAUCACUCUUCUAUGGGGAGCAAGGCGAAAAAGAGAAAUCCCCAUCAGAGACCAGUCCACUGGAUGCUGACAACAAAGAUGUGGGAUUCUGCUCCUGGCUUCUUUCAAUCUAUCAGAUGAAGGAUGAGGAGAUCCAAAGCAAGUGUGGAAUUGAUGCUACCACCUACCUCUCCUUCCAGCGGCACAUCCUAGUGCUACUGAUGCUCAUCUGUGUGCUGUCUGUGGCUGUCAUUCUGCCUGUCAACUUCUCUGGAGAUCUCCUGGGAAAGGAUCCAGCUAAUUUUGGCCGGACCACAAUUGCCAAUGUACCACAAGAUGAUCGUCUCUUGUGGCUGCACAGUAUCUUUGCCCUCCUCUAUUUCAUUAUCACCAUCCUCUGCAUGGCUCAUCACUCCAUCCAGCUUGAGUACAAGGAGAACGAAAAGGUGGCCCGGACACUGAUGGUUACCAAGAUUCCCAGAGAGAUCACGGACCCUUCCCUUGUCAUCAAACAUUUCCAUGAGGCUUAUCCCAGCUGCACUGUGUCUGGCGUCCAGUUCUGUUCUGAUGUUCGCAAACUGAUGAAGCUGGAUUCAGAGAGGCGGAAGGCAAUGAAGGGGAGAUUAUACUUCACCACCAAAGCUCAGAAGGAGGGUAAAAUCAUGAUCAAGAUCCACCCCUGCUCCCACAUCUUCUGUUGCCGUAUCUGUGGCUUUGAAGAGGUGGAUGCUGAGCAAUACUACAGUGAGCUAGAGGAGAAACUGACAGAUGAGGUCAAUGCUGAGCGUAGCCGAAUUGCGCUGAAGCGCCUUGACAUGGCUUUUGUCACAUUCCAGGAUGAGAGGAUGACUGCCACCAUUUUGAAGGAUUACAGCCGCAUCCACUGUCGCAAGCAUCCACAGCAGUCUUCUGUCACCACGGUGGUGAAAUCUCAUUGCUGGGGAGUCAGCUAUGCCCCUUCCCCCAAUGACAUCAUCUGGGAGAAUUUAUCCGUCCGUGGCUCAUUGUGGUGGGUACGAUUUAUCCUGCUCAACAUCUGUCUCUUCAUCCUCCUCUUCUUCCUCACCACGCCUGCCAUCAUUGUCAGCACCAUGGACAUGUUCAACGUUACACAGCCUGUGGAAAGCCUCAAGAACCCGAUUAUCACCCAGUUCUUCCCCACGCUGCUGCUCUGGGCCUUCUCUGUGUUUCUUCCUUUCAUUGUAUAUUACUCAGCGUUCUUUGAGUCACACUGGACGAGGUCCAGUGAAAAUCAGAUCACUAUGCACAAGUGUUACUUUUUCCUGGUAUUUAUGGUUAUCAUCUUGCCCUCACUUGGACUGACAAGUUUGGAUCUCUUCUUCCGCUGGCUUUUUGACACCUCCUUCGUGGAUAAGGCAGAGAUAAAGUUUCAGUGUGUUUUCCUCCCCGAUAAUGGCGCUUUCUUUGUCAACUAUGUCGUCACAUCUAGCCUGAUUGGAACAGCCAUGGCGCUUCUGCGCAUUCCUGGGCUCAUUGUCUAUGCCACCCGACUCUGCUUCGCAAAAUCUGAACCGGAACGGCUUCAUAUCAAGCGGAACCAAGCUUACGAGUUCCAAUUUGGAUUGGAAUAUGCCUGGACCUCCUGCAUUUUUGCUGUUGUCAUGACGUAUAGCAUCACGUGCCCCAUUAUUGUCCCCUUUGGUUUGCUGUAUAUGUUGCUGAAGCACAUGGUUGAUCGCUACAACAUUUACUAUGUGUAUAUCCCCACCAAGCUGAACCAACGCAUCCACUCUGCAGCUGUGAGCCAGGUCGUGGUGGCGCCCAUCCUCUGCAUGUUCUGGCUGCUCUUCUUCUCUGUUAUUCGUCUUGGCCCCAUCCACCCCAUCACCCUCUUCACCUGCGUGGUCCUCUUCUCUUGCAUCUUUUUUUCCAUCUUUGGCCUGUGUUUGAAGAAGCUACAGCCAAGGAAGCCCUCUAGUUACCAGAUGUCUGAGCAGUCUGAAGGCACUUUCAAUGAUGCAGAAAGAAGCAGUAUAUCUUCAACCCCCAACUCAAAUAUGUUUGUGGCCACAGUGCUGCAAGAACCAGAAUUAAGCCUCACACCGGCAGCCUCACCAGCUCAUCAGUCCUAUGGCACUAUGGGCAGCCGUCUGGAGCAAGCAGAGAACAUGGAUGAGGGCGGAUUGCAGAGCUUUGAAACGGAGUUGGAGAGCGCAGAAGGCGAAUACAGAACCGGGCCUGUGCUGGACAGCCCAACGCGCUAUCAUUGACCACCUCCUGCCCAAGCAAUGACAGAUGGACAGAAUCCAUUUUGAGUAUUAAGAGUGCCAGAGGGAAGCAUCCUGUCCUAAGGCCUAGAUUAUUCCGAGUUGCCAUAUCAGUCCUGCUAUGAAGCAGUCCUGGACAGUGAUCUGGUCUUUAAUGAGACCAGAACCAAUCGGGCUGAUGCACAGUGAGCCUGCUACACUCCAUGUCUCCUAGACCCAGAGUUGGGAUGGCAGCUGUCUCAUGCACGCAGGUAACUCAGCUCUAUGGUGGAGACAGAACUGAUGGGGGAGAUCUGAGGAAGCAGUUUUAUUUCCACCCUAUACAGUCUGUUCCACACGUUGCCUCCUGCCCUUUCCUUCUGGGACUACAAACUGCUGUUGCCUAACUCUUUUUCUGAUGCAUCGACCUGGAUCUUGGUUGCUCAGUUUUUCUCUUUCCUUCCACCCCCUAUUUUUGCUUUUCAUCUAUAUUCUUUAUGGUAAUAGAGAAGCAUUGCUAUAGCUGUGUGCAGCCUUUUGCUCUUGACAUUAGGGGAGGAAGAUGGUUGGACUCACGUCAUGCUAUGCCCUCAGUAGCCUUGAACUUCCAAGGGGCCAGGAUGGGAAGAGAGAGAUGAAGGGCAUCUCCAAAAACAUUCAGAAUGGCCAGAUGGCUCUGAGUAACAUGCCUGCUGGAGAAGCAAAGGCCAGCUAGUUUUCUCCAGAUGCCACAGGGGCCCUUAGGGAUGCGUUUUUAGAUGACGGACUCCCAGCUUUUUGACGUGCCCAUUAGCUGCUGCAGUUGUUGCUUUUGCCCAAAUCCUCUGCCUCCAAGAAAGACUUGCCUUGCCAAUUUGGCCCAAGGGACUGGCUCAACUUGUCUCUUUUUCUAGCCUCUGUUUGGCUGGCUACGUGUUUGCUUGCUGCCAGAAGAACUGCAGUGUUCAGGUUGCUUCCGCUUGGUCCAAGGCUCAGUUGGGGAAGCAGAUACCUUAAUUCUUAUUCAGACAGACUUCAGUAGGGGGGUGAAAGAAAAGAAGUUGCAUGGGAGCUGAGGUUCAAACUAGGCAGAGCCCCGUGUUUCAUCCAGAUCUGCAGCAAUCGCAUAAAAAGCAUGGUGAGGCUAGACUCUGAGCAAAAAGAGCACGGGUGAGAGGAGCUAAACCCUCCCGACAGCCCCCAACUGCAGGGGGCAGGGAUUUGAGUGACAGACUGCAGGAAGAAAAACUGUGACAGGGGAAGAGUUUAGCACACUUCACCCACACGCCCUUUCUUGCACCAGAAAUUGGAGUCCACUCUAGCUCACCACUUGCGUUUUAUGUGUGAUAGAUGCGGGUUUAAACGCACAGAUAUGCUGCAAUUGUGUCUAGCUUGGCCCCAAGUUGAUAGUGGAGGCUGGGGUGGAAUAAUAGGCAGAGGUGAGGUCUCUGCCCUUCCGGGACAAAAACCUUUGUACACCAGCAUGUUCCAGGCUGCCAGCUCAAAGAUGCAUGACAUCACACCCCUCAUCUUGGCCAGACCCAUCAUCUCCAGGAGAGCAAUUAAAACAAUAGGUGUAGCUUACAGAAGACUUUCUGUUGUGCAUGAGAGUGGCUAAGCUUUGCUUAGAAGCCACCAUUGUCAUUCAUGGCUUUCUCUAGCUAAAUAUCAUAAUACAUUGAUCCAUCAGAGAACUACUUCUCUGUCAUGUUGAGCAUAGUCUGUAAAGUCCCAGUGAUGUUUCUCUCUUGUGCUAGUAUGGUAGAAUUUGUUAUGGAGCUUUAAAAAAAUAAUAAUAGUCUUGGGGCAUGGUCAAUGCAAAAUGGGAGUCAGCGGGAAGGAGGAGCAGUAGGUGACUUCUAUGCAAAUCUUCCAUAGGUAGGGUUGCCACCACCUCCACCCCACCCCCUCCAGCAGGGCUCCUGUUCCUUGAGCUAAUGUCUGCCAUGCAGUUGUUAUACAUGACAGUCAUGAACUCAAAAGAGCUUAAGCUUUUCUAGCAUGUAGGUGCUCUAAUUGAGAAUGAUUUGCCUGUAGGAUUUUAGCCUGCCAUGCAGUUGUUAAAGAUACAGGAGCCCUGCUGGGGAUAUCGUGGUGGAGGAGGGAAGUACUCUCCAUAUCUUCUAGGCCUAUUUUGCAUUGGACAUAUCCAGAAGGUUUCCCGUUAUUGUUCAUUAGACAGGAAAAAAAGCAUCGAGAUGCAAACUUAAACAGAAUCCUAAAUUAGAAUUUUACCCAAGGUUGCAAUCCAGAAAAUAUAUCUGGCAGUAGAUUCCAUUGGAAGAGGUGGGAAUUACUAAACUCGGGAAGAAUCUAUUGUGUUUUCAAAAACCUUCCCUCCCACCCCACGCCAGCCUGCUUGCUGUGUUGGAAGCAGGGGCUGGAAAUCUGUUUCCGUCAGGCUUUAAGAAUGGAGUAGUGCAAACGAAAAGACAGCCAGGGUAUAGACACCCCACCUAUUAAAAGUGCUUUAAGUUGUAACCCUCUUCAACAGUGCAAGAAGCAAAUGGAGAUGAGCUAAUGAGGAAAUCCUUUUUUCUUUCUUCCAGCCAAGUGGAGUGGAGAAGUGUAUGGCACAUCCACUCUAGGUAAUCCACCUCCACGGAGGCUGAAGAAAGGUGAAGUUCUCACUCCAUGGCUGGAUGUCAUGAAUGACUGGAUUGCCAAGUGGCCACAUCUUUACCACGUUGUGACCACUUGGAGAAUAGUUGUCUGCAUUGAAUUGCAAAGUUCCAGAUAGCCAAGCUAAGUAGUGGAGCAAAGACCAGUGUUUUUCCUGCUUCCUGUGUUUUUGUCUCUUCAUAUCCCUUGCUUCACAUACGGAUUUCUUGCACGGAUGCAACCUAUACCAGUUCUAGCCAAAGUAAAGCCUGCAGGCUACAUGCAGACCAUUUAGGUAACUCACCAGUCCUGGUCCUAUGAUGCAAGAGCCCAACAGCACAGCAAAGGGCUGGUGACAUGCAGGGGCUGCUUUGCUUCACGCAGCUGUGCAAAAUCACUCUUGCACUAGCACAAAAAUUGAACAAAUGGAUUUCCACGAUGGUACAGCCAUUGGAAAUGCAUCAGGCAACUGCCUUUGUGCCAUCUUUGUGCUUGUACAAGAUUGCUCUUGCAUAACUGCACAAACAUGGUGUUACAGCAUGCACAUAACACUGUGAAGUAUGUCAGUCAGUAGACACACUAGAUCAGGGAUUCUCAACGUUGUGUCCCCAGAUGUUUUUGGACUUCAACUCCCAUAAUCCCAGCCCCAGUGGCCUUUGCUUGGGGAUUCUGGGAGUUGAAGUCCAAUAACAUCUGGGGACCCAACAUUGAGAAUCCUUGCACUAGAUUGUUUUAGAUUGGCCACUAUGCUUUGACUUCCAUUUCAGGUUGCAGGGUAGGGCUGUUGUGCUUGUUUAGAUGUAUAUAAAGGCAAAGUGUGCCGUCAAGUCGAUUUUGACUCCUGACACCCACAGAGCCCUGUGGUUUUCUUUUGGUAGAACGCAGGAGGGGUUUACCAUUGCCUCCUCCCACGCAGUAUGAGAUGAUGCCUUUCAGCAUCUUCAUAUAUAGCUACUGCCCAAUAUAGUACCAGCUGGGAUUCAAACCAGCAACCUUCUGCUUGUUAGUCAAGCAUUUAGAAGGCUAUUAGAUGUAUACAGCCCACCCUAUUUCAAAGGCUUAUGGAUUGAAUUGUAUGCCAAAGAAGUGGAUGUCAAAGUUCAUGGCCAAUUUCUGAACUAAGCUUCAUUGUUGUAAGUUAUAAGGAGCACUUUUUGGGCCAAAGUGCAUGUUGCACCAAAAAAGCCAGUUUUGGGUCUUCAGUGACUUACAUGUAGUGCAGCCCAUCCAUGGUGUUAGUGGGUUUUUGCGUGAGCACUAAACCAAGCAUCCUUGCUCCUGUGCCACUCCUGCUAUUUAUUCCCAAGGGCAGGAGCAGCAAGACAUGGCUUAGUUCUCACGCAGUAGCCCCCACCAACACAGAUGGACUCUUGGCUGCUGCAGAAGUUGUGCAUGUGCAUCCUCCUUCCAUGGGCAGUGUGCUACUCUGUAAGCCACCAUAUUUAUUUUCACUCAAAAGCACCUGUUUUAAAGUAAUAGAAAUAAAUACAUCAGGAGAGCCAUUAAUGGAUCUGCUUUUGUAAUAUGUCGUUAAAUCUUUAAACAAUGUCAAGGUUAGUGAUCAGUCCUCUAGCUCAGUACUCCUUCUGCUAACUGGUGGGAGAUCUGCAGCGUCUCAAGCAAUGAUCUCUUAUCAGCACUCCUUACAGGAGGCUGCUUCACAGUGGGUGCCUCUCACCCUCUUGCCUGUAGUCCAGCAUCCCCUUACUGGCCGCAGUACAGAUCCUUAGGGGACCCUACUUCUUACUUCACUCAAAACGUAAAAACUGUCCAUUUAUUCCUACCCUCUAUUUCCUGACCUUCAGCUAGUUAUCAAUCCACACUUGAACCUGUCCCCUUAUCACAUGACUGCUAAGUUUACUCGAGCUUUGGGUGGGGAACUUUGUCAAAAGUUUUUGGAAGUCAUUUGACCUUUUUGACCAGCUGUCACAUUUUUUCGUCUGCUCUACUCCUGGUUCUACUCUUUCUCCUUCUGGUUUAUAUGAAAUGUUUGCUCCCUUGCACUUCAGGGGAUUUUGCUUCCCAUACCAGAUACCACCCAGUUCCUGUCGGCAAUCCCCUGGAGGCUUUAUACACAUGGCUUUUAAUUCAAAUCCACUGUGCCAGUCCACAUAUUAAUUUUAUUUACCCUGACAUCUCUGCGAGCUAUCAUAGACCAGUACAGACAUGACUCUCUUUUUCCUCCUAAUCGAGGCUGAGCAUUCUGGCUUAGCCCAAAGUACGUCCAACUUUAACAAAUUCUGUAUUUCCUGCAGCUUUUGAAGAAAACCCAGUGUUUUCCUUUGAUGUGCGGAGGGGCCAUUGCCGACAAUUCAGCUUACUUGCAUUUCCAUGUUUUUGUUUUUAAAGUCUGCUACGUGGAUUUCUGUAAAUCCACCCAGGUGUCAGCAAAGGAGAGUUUGACAGCUCAGUCUGGUGUGUUCUUCGAGUGAUUUGCAAGUGCUGGGGUGGGGAGCGGGGUUGGGGCAGAUAGAUGCAAUUCUGUGGAGUCCAGAAGGGGAGGGGGAAGGAAGGUGGGAGAAAUUCCUGAGUUAAUUCCAUAGCUUACAUAUGCAGAUGUUUGGAUAUGCAGAUGUUUGGAAGCUUUAAAAUGGAGACUGAGGUUAAGUUCUGUUGCUUUGCCUUGUCACUUUUGCGGACCAGCUGGCUGUCAAAAUUUUUUUAAAAAGUAAUACUGAAGGGAGGCAUCGUGCACCUCCUCCUGGGAUGUGAUUGGUUGGAGGGAAACAAUUGAAAUAAAAAGUGGGAACGCACAUAGGAGAAAGAUCUCAGGGAGGGCAAGAGCAUCCGAUAUCCAUGUGGACUGUCAAUUUAAUCCCCCAAAGUAAACUUCUUACAAAUCUGCUGCAAAGCAGAUUUGCUCUUCAGAUACCCUGAGGCAUAAAGCCAUGUGUGAAAAACCUCCAGGUGUCACUUUACAAUGACAAUAUAAAUUGCAACACACACACACGAACACACACGAUGCCCGUGUGGGGAACUAGAGGUUUCUGAGGUCUUCACAUACCAAAUUUCCAGUUAUAAGAACUAGCAAACUUGUAGCACUGACAUUUAAUGGGGACUGGUAAUUUAGGAUUUGAUCUAAGGAGGCUGAUCUCUUUUAAAUGUCAGGUUGGGAUGAUGUUAACCUGUCAUUACCAAAAAUUUCCAGAUCCUUGCAACCAGAAAUUGGGAACGUGCACACCUUGGGAAUCUUCCCUUUCCCAUUUCACAACCAUCGUGUGGGUUGUGAGAAGAACCCAUGCAUUGUCAGAAAAAGCCUACUUGGACAAUACUUCCACAUAGGGCUCAGCAUGUAACCUGGGUGUAUCUCCUCUGAUGUGAUGAGAGUGAUGUUUGGUUGCAUGAACCACCAUGCCACUUGCCUAAAUGUACAUGCAGUACAUAAAAGGAAUGUAUAGCCCUUUUUUCAUCCGUUAAGCAACCCUGAGAUCUUUUGAAACUGGAGAUUGAGCCUCAGCCUUAUCUAUGCAAAGCGCUUUCACUGCUUUAGAUGUCUUUUGUUGGGGACAUGGAAGAUUCUGUUACGCUACACUUUAUAUUGCAGCACUUCACCAUGGAAGGCACCCCAAAAAUGUGUCACCUCCAAUACUGGCCUCAAAAGAGUAUAUGUGCCACAGCCUAUGUUUCAGAAGUAGGUUGUGCUGUGCAUUCAUCUGGUCCUGCAGUAGGAGCUGUGCCAUUAGUAAGCCCCAUUCUAAGAACAAGGCAAAGGAGGAAAUGGAAAUAAUGCACAAGUGAAGAAGCUACGCUGUGGAGCAGAGUUAUGCCAAUAGCUGGAUUAAUUGAAAAAGUCUGAAUCAGAGUAAUUUAUGAGCCCUGUUCCUGUGUUCAGAAGUAACACCACUGAACAUGAGCCAAGCACCAAAAGUGGGUCUGAAAAUUAUGUCCCAGUUUAUCACUGGUGCAUCAAUCAUUCUCCCACCCAUGCUCUUCACACCUAGAACAUUUGUCUGAAAUGACAAAAACCCCUAAGUGAGUUUGCACCUGUUUCUGUGAUCGGCAGGCUCAGGUGCCCCUAAGGUACAAAUACGCUUUGGCCAUUAGCCUCUUCAGAUAGACGCCCUAAGCAUGAAAAGAGCAGGAGUUUGAUUGAUGCACUGAAGGCAAGAUUUCCAAGCCCACUUCUGGCACUUGACCCAUGUUUAUUGGUGGUAUUUUGGAACACUUACACAGAACUGUGCCCUUUGGAUGAAUUGGGCUGGAGCAUGCAACAACAAAAACAUUCUCUUGGGGUGGGGGGAGCAGCUGUCCAAAAACAGGGAAAGCACAUGGUUAAAAGAGUGAUCUCACUUCUGGGUGUUGAAGCUUUCACAGAUAGCAGUGAAACAGUCAAAGACUUCUGCAGACUGUGUCUGCACCCUCAGAGGACAGUGUCUGAGAACGCUGUCCAUCUAUUAGUGGUUCAGUCCACUAAUCUCACUUGUUGCUGUAAUCGCACAGCUUCCAGAAGGUUGGAAGGACCCUGAAUUAGCUUGAGAGUGAAUAUGUGUGUAUGUGUGCAGAAAUUUGUUAUAGACUGUGUCACAUGAUUGCUUAUGAGGAUUGGUUGGACUAAAGGUAGCACAGCACUCUGGCACUGGACUGAUAUACUCUCACAUCUAGUAAGAUUUCUGACUCUAAGCCUUCAGAUUUUGAAGGGGUAUGUCCAUCCACUUUUCCAGUAUCCCUUCACAGCAGUGUUGGGUAUUGCAUCAUUGUCCUACACAAGCUCACCCAUAUCUGCCCAUUCUAUGCUAAAGCAGAGCCUUUGGAAAGCUUGAGGUAAACAAUAGAGAAUGGAACGCCUUGUGACAGCCAGGACUUGCCAUGGCAGAGCAUAGAGGCCCAGAUGAACCUUCUGCCAGCCACAGCAAAGUUGCUCUUACACACUCAAGUCAAAGCAUCCUCCAGUACAGGGUCCCUUCAGGGUUGCAUUAACUGUUGCGAUUAAGCUGCAGUUGUGUGCACACUUACCUGGGAGUAGAUGGCAGUGGGACUUCCUUUUGAGUAAAUAUGCACAAGGCUAGGGCAUAGAAUAAGAUCCAUGAUGCAAACGGGAGUAUCUGCUACAUAGUAUCAUUAUCCAGGAAUCCCUCUGCUGCUCUGCAGAAUUUGCUGCAACCAAAUGUGAUGAUGGGACUUGGCUUAGCAUUAGCAAAUUCACAGAAAACAGUCUAGUGAUGGCUAUUGAUCAGGGUGGCUAUACAGCCCCUACAUGUUAAAAGGCACUAUGCCUCUGAACUAGCUAGAGGGAUCAGCAGCAGGAGAGUACCGUUGUCUUGAAGCUCGGCUUGUGGGCUGCCCAAUAGACAUCUGGUUAGCCACUGGAGGAACACAAGAUGCUGGACUAGAUAGGCCUUCAGUCUGAUCCAGCAAGAUCCCUAUGUUCACAUAUUUUCCCAGAUCAGUUUCCCCCAUCAUUAUCUUCCUCACAAUUGAAAGGAGCAGCAACCAAGUGCCCAGAUCUGCCAGUAUGGAGAGCAGACAAAUAAUACUCUCAAUACCAUAGCUAGUUUCAGAAGACGAGAAAGGGUUGGAGAGAGAGGAGAGAUAGGUGGCAUAGAGAUAAGCAAGGCAUGGAACCCAAAUAGCUCAGCCUAAGAAGCCAACAUCUUUAGUCCAGCAUCAAAACCCAGCAUGGGUUUCUCCCAUCCUAUUCUUGAGAGCCAUUUCUGGCUGUUUUCUAAGAGAGGUCCAGUCCAGUGCUGUAGAGUGAGUAACUAUUCCUCAUGCUCUUUCUGGAGCCCAUGAAAUUGUCUUAGUCCGUGACUCUGCUCAUGUAGCAAACCUCAAGGCCUCCUUUUCUCAGCUGCUUCUACUUCAUGGAGGCAAAGUGCCUGUGAGUGGGUAUGGUGUCUUUGGGAAGCUCUGAUCUCUUGUCUUUCCCUUGGUUGGCUGUUGCCCUAUAGGAAUGUGCCAGAGUUCUGUAUCUUCUUGUUAUAUUUAUUGCUAUGAUCGUGCCUUGAAUAAAGUUACUUCACCCAGCUAGCGCCUGGGUUUAAGCUGCA